UCAGUGAGUCGCACUGAACUCGUUGGUUUCAUCCACCACGAUCCCAAACUCCAAGGCUCUGCUUCGCGCCAAAGACUAAAACAACUCCAAUUUGAUUUCCUCAACAAAAUCUCUCUGUCUCUCUCCUCGAUUCUGAACACUUUUCCUCUGAAAUUCAGCUUCAGAUCGCAAAACCUAGACCUCCACAGACACCAAUUCCACGAUUCAGCAAUGCCGACGACAGUCAAAUCAAGCGCAAAGAAACGAGUCUCCGAAUCGGAAGCUUCAAAACCAGAGAAACUGAAGCGAGACGCCAUUGAAGACGACUUCGAUGCAGCUCUCUCCGAUGACAUCAAAGGAAUUGUGUCCGCUCUGCAACUGAUCAGAGAGAAAGCUCAGAAAGAUGGACAGAAGAAGAAUGACGAGACCAUUUCAAGUGUGGCUUCAGAGAUCAAAUCUAAGCUUGAUGAAUUGAAGACCAAAAUUGAAAAAGAAAGGCAAAGUCUUGCCAAGGCACUUUCAAAGAGCUCAAAGGAGUGCGAAAACUUACUGAAGAAUGAGACUGCCAAGUUCCAAUCAAUUUAUGAGAACUUUUGCAAGGAGAAAUCAGAACAUCUACAGGCUUUAAAAGAAACUAUUUCCAAACAUGAAGAAGAGAAGGAAAGGCUUUUCAUACGAUAUGAACAACUGAGGAAAAAAGAGAAAAGUAUGAUCUCUGAACAUGAGAGAGACUGUGCAAAUAGAAUUGCCGAAUUGGAACAGUCCUUGAAGAAGAAGAAACAGGGUGACAAAACUUUCAGCAUUUUGAGAAAGAGACUGGGUUCAUUCCUGGAAAAUGCCUCGGAUGAGGACUUCCCAUCUGAUGAUUGAAAUGUUGCUUUAAAAUGUUGGUUCUGCAAUUAUGUGUUGGUAACAAUUCUUUACGAUUUUCUUGUCUAUGAAACAAAAGCAGCUUGAACUUGAGCUACCGUUUCUUUUCUUCGUCUUUUUUUUUACUCUUCUUGGAAUUGCUAGUUUGAUUUCAUAAAUCACAACUAUUUUUUUCUUAUCAGUAUAUUACUCCAUUGGAGAAGGGAUUAAAUCUUGUGCCUUCUCUCUCUCCCUCUCUCUCUCUCUUGGAAACAUAUUUUUGAAUCCCUUGUUGGAAUGCUUCAAAAAUUAGCUUCAAUUUUUAAUGAAUUAUUUAACAUUUAUAUCUAAAUAUAUAUAGUUUUUGGACCUAGUGGGGUCACUAGCAGCAAUCCGUAUGCAUAAUGUAUACUUUUUCAUGCCUUGACGAUUUAAAUGGCUUGGGGGUUACAGGAAAUCAAGGUCAAAGGACCUAGAAGAUUCAAAUCUUUUAUUGCAUGUGUUGAAUAAAUUAAAGGCUAAUUUAUGGAGCAAUUUAUGGGAUUGCAUAUUAGCCAUUUCAUUCCCUUUGAUCUCUCUAACGUACACAUUAUAUGCUAUGCUCAUAUCCUGUAUAUAGAUAUAUAUACACUUGAUUAUUCAUUGAUCUUAUUGGGCAAUCUUGCUGUAAGUGCAUGCAAUCCAAAGCUUUGCCAUUGUAUCAUUGAGAGUGACUGCCGGAGCCCAUUGCACCAAAGACUACGUUCCUAGUGGGGGGCGAAAUCACUUCUUAAGGGCAGUGGUUUAUAUCCAUGCCUUGGCUUUUUAAUUUUUAAUUUUUAUAUUCGUUAAUUUGUGUUCCUUUCUGUGCUUAUUGUAUAAAACCAUUUUAUUAGUCAAUUAAAGCAUCUAUUCAAAUA